AUGGCGACGCGCGCGCGGGCGUCGAUCGCGUCCGCGGUGACGACCGGCGAUGGACGGGCGCGACGACGCGCGCGCGCGCGGUCGAGCGCGGCGACGACGACGACGGAGACGACGACGAUGACGACGACGGAGGGAUUUUAUCGCUGGCGUGGACACGACGCGCACUACGCGCGAUGCGGCGCGACGACGGCGACGACGCACGUGGUGUUCCUCCCGGGAUUCGGUGUCGGGACGUUUCAUUACGAAGCACAGCUCAGAGAGGGGGCGCUGGGGGAGGACGCGUGCGCGUGGGCGUUGGAUUUCGUCGGACAAGGAAAGUCGUGGCCGCGCGGCGAGGAAGCGAUCGAUGGGUUCGCGUACUCGGUGGACGCGUGGAGGGAACAGGUGGAAUAUUUCUUGCGAGAGGUUGUCGGGAGGGAGGCGUACGUGUGUGGGAACUCGUUGGGCGGGUACGUGGCGACGUACGUCGCCGCGGCGGAAUCGAGCAGAGAUUUAGUGAAAGGAUUGAUAUUGAUGAACGCGACGCCGUUUUGGGCGUUCGUUCCGAGCGAUGAGGAGUCUUUGGGGUACAAGUUGGCGCCAUGGCGCGGUUCGUUGCCCGUGCCGGGUUGGAUUCGCGCGCCGAUUAAGCAAUACUGGGAAAGCUUUCGAUCGCGGGCGAACGUCAGAGGCUUGCUCUCGCUCGUGUACGCCAACGCCGAGGCGAUCGAUGACAGAUUGAUUCGCGACAUCAUUGAACCGACGGAGAAUAAAAACGCGCUGUCGACGUUUUGCUCGGUCGUGUGGUCACCGAAGAGCGCGAUGUCGUUCGAUGACAUGACGGAACGGAUUCGAGACUCAAACAUUCCCGUCGCGCUCGUGUACGGCAAAGAGGAUCCAUGGGUCGUUCCGCUGUGGGGACAAAGAUUGAAGCGCGCGAUACCUCGCGCACAUUACUACGAGCUCAGCCCCGUCGGGCACUGUCCCGCGCACGAGGCGCCGGAGACGGUGAACUCAAUUCUCUCGCGAUACCUUCAAUUUUGCGAAUCAACCGCCGAGGAAACUCAACCGCCGAGUGGAAGCGCCGACGGCCGCGCGAAACUCAUCGACGGCGCGCCGAGAAAUAUUUUCGAGCGCAUCGACGCCUAUCGCGCCUCUAGAUCUCCGACCAUGUAA